GGGAGGAAGAGCCAGCAUCCCAGGGGGCGGUCCGUCCUGCCUUAGGCCGUGCCCGACGCGCCCUCUGAGCCGCUCAGGGCCUCGGCGUCGCGGUGCAGCAAGUCGGGCGAGCCGACGAUGGGCGUGAACGGGUUCACGUCGUAGCUCACCUCAAUGGACUCGUGGCCGCUCGGGAUGAGGAGUCGGGGAACACGGCUCCGUCCGACUGCAACAUGUCCAGAGACUCUGGGUCGCGAUCCGCCGCAACAGCAGCGACAGCGGGGAAGUGCUCAGCGGCGCAAAGCGUGUAGAGGAGGAUGGGGUCUUGACAGUCCACGUCCAUGUAGCCAGGAUCGACAGUAGGUCCACUCCAUGAUCGGCAGCAGGAUUGGGAGGAGGAGGAGGAGGAGAGGGGAGGGUGGGGAGGAUGAAGGAAGCGCAGCGCUCCGCGAGCGCCGCCUCUGCGGGCGCCCGCCCGGCACCCCUUGAGCGCUGGCCGCGCCGCUUCGCCCAAGCCUCUGGAGGGCCACGCGGGUCACAUGAACUCGCCGUUCUCCGCGCCGACGUGCUGGAGCACCAGCCUGUCCACCUCGAUAACCAGUUCGGCGCACCGCCAACGCACCGCAGAUCGACGCCCCCGGCGCCCUUCGUCUUCACGGCGGCUGGGCGGUGUGCGUGGUAUGGGGAAGAGGAGGAGGAGCGCCAGCCCGUCUGCCUCGAUAACUAGUUUGGCGCACCGUCAGCCCACCACAGCGACGCCCCCGCGUCGCCCUUCGUCUUCACGGCGGCCAGGCGGUAUUUGCGUGGUGUGGGGAAGAGGAGAAGGAGGGGCAGCUGCAGGAGCAGGGGAAGAACGGAGGGAGCGAAUCCUGUUCCCACCCUGUGGCAAGGAGGACAAAGCAGGGCCGGCCUGGGACUCAUACGGCUACCGUGGCGCCGCCAAGAAGGGAAUCGGAGUGCGUGCAAUGGGGCAUCAGACGAUGGCAAGGAAGAAGGUACGGGAGGUACGGCGAGUAAUGAGGGGGACGUGGAUGUGGG